AUGGACGAGAGCAUUCAGCAAUUCGCCGCCAUCACAGGCGCAUCGGCCGACCGCGCUCGCUUCUUCCUCGAGGCGGCAGGAGGUGAUCUGCAGACCGCCAUGUCCAGCUUCUACGAAUCCGAACAAGGCGGCGCUGACGACGAGGGCCAGGCGCCUUCCUCGGCUGCGGACACCUACACAGGACCACGUACGCUUUCUGGUCAGCCAGCUCCGUCUGCCUUUGGAUCGAGUGCAGCAGCGAGCCAGCCGUCGCAACCUGCGGCCAGCAGCAGCAGUCGUGGCGGUGGUCGCGGUGGUAUCUCCACCUUGCGUGACCUUCAAUCGUCCAACGAUGCUCCUUCCAGUCGAAGGGGUGACGACGACAGCGAGGGCGAGGGCGAUGACGACGACGACGAGAUGAACUACUUUGCCGGUGGCGAGAAGAGUGCGCUCAGCGUCGAGAACCCCGAAGCGCGUCGUCGCAGGGGCCAGCCGGGCGGAGACCUGGUGCAAGAGAUCCUCCGUCGUGCGGCAGAGGAGUCCAGACGCAACCCCGACGAGCUCGCCGCUGGAAGCUCUGGCCAAUCCGCUGCUUCCAGCUCGCUCGCCUUCGCCGGACGCGGCAGAACCAUCAACGACUCGGGCGAGGCCGCCGGAUCGUCGUCGUCAGCCACUCCUUCGAUGCCCGGUGGUCUCUCGAACCAGGCGCAAGACAACGACGAGGACGAGGGUGAAGUGGUGAUCCGCCACCUGACGUUCUGGGAAGACGGCUUCUCGAUCGAGGAUGGCGAGCUGAUGCGGUACGACGAUCCUGCGCAUGCAGAGACGCUGGCCGCGAUCAAUGCAGGCCAUGCGCCGCUGAGUCUGCUCAACGUUCGCUUCGGUCAGCGGGUCAACGUGCACGUGCAGCGACGCACGGAUGAAAAGUACAAGCCGCCACCCAUGAAGCCUUUCGCGGGCUCGGGCAACCGGCUUGGGUCGCCCGCUCCGGCGUCGUUCGGCGCGAGCCAGUCGCGAACGCAGCCCGCCGCGUCUUCGUCGACAUCGUCCUCGGCAGGCGCUGGCGACUUCAAGGUGGACGCGGACAAGCCGACGACGCAGCUGCAGAUCCGUCUGGGUGACGGACAGAGGAUGACGGCGCGCUUCAACACCCACCACACCGUCGCCGACGUUCGAGGCUACAUCAAUGCAGCGAACCCGGGCAUGUCGACGCGCAACUACGUGCUCAGCUCUUCGUUCCCGCCCAAAACGCUGACGGACGAGUCGCAGACACUCGAGACUGCAGGUCUGCUGAAUGCGGUCGUCAUUCAGAAGUUCCAGUAG